AUGGGUGUGUGUUUCUCCUGUAAAAUCGAUGUGGUGCCAGUGAAAAAUGAGGAUGGCUUGGUGAUCAUUUUCAUCCUCAACUUCGAGCUUCCCACUGAUCCACAUAUUCCCAGGUCCCCAACUAGAGAGCUCAACCACAAGUUGCCCAUCCCCUGGCUGACCCUAAAACGUCGGAAUAGGUUUCGCCUGCCCUCCAUCUUGGUCCGCCCCCUCAGCAGGAGUAAACAGUCCCUGGAGAACGACAGCGAGCUGGGCCACCAGCGGGACCUCCUUGCUCUGGGUCAUGAGUCUGUGGCGCUGAAAAAGCUGCUGUCCUUGCCAGAGCGCCAGCGUCUGGGUGGCACCGGGGUACUACUCCGGGAUGAGGACCAGAGUGCCCUGCUGGGAGGUGAGUCCAUCUUGCCCUCCACAGACACAUCCGAUGCUCCCCCAGCCCUGUCCCUGGGCUUCUCCCAGUCCUCCCCCAGGCUGCACUGCCUCCGGAUGGAUGAGGAAUGUGGCUCCAACUGCAUCGUGACGUCCAGCCACUCCUGUGAGAGCCUCUGCAGCCUGCGGCACGCCUCCUCCGUGGAUGGCAUCAAGACCCUGAGGGGACGGGCUAGCUGGCACGGGAAGCUCCAGACGCGGCCCAGCAGCACAGGCGGAAUGACCUGUAUGAAGUCCAGCCUGCGUAAUGUUACAUCUGACACCACGUCUGACCCGAACCUUAUCCGCUUCCGAACCUUUAGUCACGUGACACAGGUCAACCCACUUGAAUACAGGCUGGACCCCCUGGUGGCCCUCCCGUCCGCAGAGAUGGACAUAAUCACCCCGUGUAAACUGAUGGACCGCACACACGGGGUCACUGAGAAAUUCACUCAGUUUGACGGAACCCUAAACAGCCCUGUGUGGAUUCACAGCACAGAGAAGCACAAAGCCUGUGAGUGUGAGCUCACCCAGGGGCGGACACGGGGUUGUGAGAUUGGGGAGAUGAGUCUGGGAGGAUAA